AUGGGCCGCAAGCUGCUGGCGCUCGUGCCGACGGAGCUGCCGGCCUCCGCCAACCUCGGCCGCUUCCACGCGGACGCCACGGACGCGCCGCUGCUGUCCGUCGCGCUCUGGACCUCGCGCGCGGGCGCGGACGCCGCCGUGCGCACGCGGCAAGUGGCGCUGGACCGGCACAAGCGGCGGCUGCUGGAGCUGCAGCGCGUGCAGCCGCCCGAGGGCGCGCGCAGCUGGUUCGUGGGCAACUUCGUGCUGCAGGACGGCGCGCUGACGCUCUUCUCGCCGCUGGACGCGCUGUUCGUGCUGCUGGACGCCGCCUGGACGCAGCGCGCGAGGUUCCAGUCGGUCUAUGACCUGCUGGCUAGGGACGGCAACACGUGGCUGCUGCAGCUGCAGACGCUCACGCAGGAGGCCAUCGAGCGCGUGUGCGACGUGCAGCCCGUGGGGGGCGAGGACAGCGUGGAUAACCUCUACGUCAAGGCCAGCGAGAGCAAGGUUACGCGGUGGUUACGCGCCAAGGUGGAGCGCGUGGCCGCCGUGCUGGCGCAGCAGGAGGCGCAGGCCAAUGCAAAAGCCGCACAGGCCACGGCCGUCCAUGAGCAGGUGAAUCUGCCGGGGGUGAAGCAGGAGAGCAAGAAGGAGAACAAGGGUACAGGGGUUACGAAGGUUACGCCGGAGGACGUGGCGCGCCACUACCGAGAAGCUAUCGACGUAGUGGGGAACUACCUCGCGGACGAGUGGAUCGACCUGCUGUGCAAAGAGUUCGGGUACUCGGCGGCUGCUGGUGGGGCGCUGGACACGUUCAAGCGCUUCGAUCGGCGUCAGACGCCAGAGAACACGUCCAAGCGCCCGACGCCAUCCAGCGCUGGGGCUGCCAAGAAGAAGAGCAAGCUGGCCAACGUGGAUUGCACGGGCAUGAAGUCGCUCACGUCCUUCUUCGGCAAGAAGUAG